GUGAAACUGGUCCGUUACAUUGGCAUCCAGUUACAGAGCAAGCUCAGCGUCCCCGUAAAUGACAGGACGGCUGAGCUGGACAGCUAUCCGAGGCUCAGCGACUGGUUGUACCUUGUUAACCUGCGGAAGGACGUCAUCCAGAGGAUUCCAGAGGACCUGACUCUCGAUGCCUUCUUAGAAAUGAAUGACUUGAAAGUCAAAGACACGAUGAAGAGAUACGGGGCCAACACGGAGGAAUGUUCCCGGCUGAACGGAGCCCUUAACUGCUUGCGGAAGGCAACGCGGAUGGGUGGAGAGUACAAAGACCAUCUGGUGUGGAAUCCACCUGAUGUAUGCCGGGAAACCAGUUUGAUGCCCCCUUCUGAACUUUCCCCCUGCCCUCCAGGGCUGACGUGGAUGCAGGGCAACCUUUCCCUUCUGAAAGGCAAUGGCCCACAGCCCCGUUCUGUCUCAGUCUCCACCAUCCCCUCUUCGGACAACUUGCCCGCGAGUCAAGGUCCCCCUGCCUUUGCCGAUAACCUCUUGGAAUCGUUUGCUUUCCCCACUCACUGUGGGCGGCGGAACCUCAGAACUCCUCACAGUACCGCCAUUACCCCACCUACCACCCCCCAGCUCAAGAGAGGGAAGCCACCACGGACUCCACCUCCACCUGGCCGAAAGGUUUUCCAGCUGCUGCCCAACUUCCCAACCCUCACGAGGAGCAAAUCGCAUGAGUCCCAGCUUGGCAAUCGGAUAGAUGAAGUUCCUCCUAUGAAAUUUGAUUUCCCCCAGGGAUCUCCACAAACGGUACGAAGAGAUAUCGGUUUGUCUGUAACACACAGGUUUUCUACCAAAUCCUGGCUCUCUCAGGUGUGCCAAGUGUGUCAAAAAAGCAUGAUGUUUGGAGUAAAAUGUAAACACUGCAGAUUAAAAUGUCAUAACAAGUGCACCAAAGAAGCCCCUCCCUGUAGAAUAUCUUUCUUACCCAUACCACGAUUAAGGAGAACAGAGAGCGUCCCUUCUGAUAUCAAUAAUCCAGUGGACCGGCCUUCAGAACCGCAGUUUGGGACUCUCCCAAAAGCCCAAGCCAAAAAGGACCACCCCACAGCAAUUAACCACCUCGACUCAAGCAGCAAUCCGUCUUCCACCACCUCUUCCACACCGUCUUCUCCAGCCCCCUUCCAAUCUUCCAACCCCCCCAGCGCGACGCCUCCCCCAAACCCGUCUCCUGUGGGCCAGCGAGACAGUCGGUUCAACUUCCCAGCUGCUCAUUACAUUCAGCAUAGACAACAGUUUAUCUUUCCAGAAAUUCCCGGUACUCCACAAAUAACGCAGCCUCCUGAAGCUACGGAAAGUACUAACAAUGCUGAGGUGCCCCUAGAGGCUGAUGGGGUUGAAGAACGGGACACCGAGCACGUGGAAGACCAAGAGCAAAACAAGUUGGAAGCUGAGGACGAUGAAGACGAGAUUGAUGACCUGCCGACCCGGCGAUCUCGAUGGCGGGGGAUGAUCUCACGCAAGGCUAGCCAAACCAGUGUCUACUUGCAGGAGUGGGAUAUUCCCUUUGAGCAGAUUGAACUGGGUGACCCUAUUGGCCAAGGACGGUGGGGCAAGGUGUACCGGGGGAGAUGGCAUGGAGAGGUGGCCAUCCGUUUACUGGAGAUAGAUGGGAACAACCAGGACCAUCUGAAGCUCUUCAAGAAAGAAGUGAUGAACUACCGGCAAACCAGGCAUGAGAAUGUGGUGCUUUUUAUGGGUGCUUGCAUGAACCCCCCUCAUCUAGCCAUCAUUACCAGUUUCUGCAAAGGAAGGACGCUUCACUCAGUAGUCAGGGAUCCCAAAACACCUCUGGAUAUCAACAAGACCAGGCAGAUAGCUCAGGAGAUCAUUAAGGGCAUGGGAUAUCUUCAUGCAAAAGGGAUUGUGCAUAAAGAUCUCAAAUCCAAGAACAUUUUCUAUGAAAAUGGAAAAGUUGUGAUCACUGACUUUGGCCUGUUUGGAAUUUCCGGGGUGGUUCAAGAAGGAAGGCGUGAAAAUGAACUGAAGUUGCCCCAUGACUGGCUGUGCUACCUGGCUCCUGAGAUCGUGCGUGAAAUGGCUCCUGGAAAAGAUGAAGAUAAGCUGCCCUUCUCCAAAGCUGCUGAUGUCUAUGCUUUUGGGACCGUGUGGUACGAGCUCCAGGCCAGAGAGUGGCCCUUUCAGAGCCAGCCAGCGGAGGCCUUGAUCUGGCAGAUUGGAAGUGGCGAAGGAAUGAAGCACGUCCUGCAAGCGAGUAGCCUGGGGAAAGAAGUCGGUGAAAUCCUCUCGGCGUGUUGGUCUUUUGAUGUCGCAGAGCGGCCCAGCUUCACCCUCUUGAUGGAGAUGCUUGAAAAAUUGCCAAAGCUCAACCGGAGGCUCUCUCACCCGGGACACUUCUGGAAAUCAGCUGAGUUGUAGCUACUGGUGCAAUCGCUGAAUUUCCCCUUGCAUGAGCACUUGUGUCUAAUCUAUCCAGCAGCUCGGAGAGUCACUCUGCUCUUGUGCGCACGAGCGUGUGCACCCGCUUUCUGUUUUUAACCCCUGAGUGCCCCUGAUGCUGCUAACGGCUCCUCCUUCUGUCCCGCCUCUUUUCUCGGUGUGGGCUGCUCGUUUGAUGAAAUAACCUGCCUGUAAGAACUCUGCCUCUCACUAACACUGAACCGGAUGAGUCCUUCCACUCUUGCAAGCUCGUUCAGCCGGAUGCAAUCCCCUUGCUGGUGGCCUCUCCUUGGAGCAGCCCACCCUGUCCAGUCCCACCCCACAGCGCGCGCUCUCUGCACUCCUGCCACCAGCCUUGUCUGCAAGGUGUAAGCAAAAACAAAACACAAAAUCCUAACAGCAACGUGUGCUUGUCUUUUGUAGGGGAGUUUUAAAAUAAAGACAUCUUGUACUAUAGUGUGUAUUUUGACUGUCCAGCAAGAGAGACAUUAAAAACCUGUGUUGAUUCUUCCAUAACAGCUCCAGUGGGGCUAACUAUAAAUGUACACAUUUUUCCCCUACCCGCCCAGGAGAAGAAUUAAGACUAACUCUUAAAACUCUGAACAGAUGAUGAGUGAUUGUAACAAGCGUCAAGUUGGCUAAUUUUUCACUGUGUCCAAGUGGUGAACCUUUGCAUGUUUCGAAGGAAGUGGCAUCUGUUCCGUUGUCUUUUAGAUAUUGUACACCUUUCUUGUUUAUCACUUUAACAUAUAUUCUGCCUUUCUGUACAUGGAAGAAGCGUUGCUGCAUGAAAAAGGGGGUGGGGGGGAAGAGGAAUGCUUUUUGAAGAUCGUGCUGUUUGCAUUAUUAUUUGUAUUAAAAGCAAGAACAUUUUUAAAUGGCUGUCCAGUUGAAAUGGGGGCAACAGUUGAAUGGGAAAUUUUAACACGAAGUCAUUUUACUGAUUUACAAUGCAAUCCUGUUUAUGUCUGUUUUAAAGCAAGCAGGGAUACCAUUACAGCCUAAAUGUUUCGACGGUUCCAGUUUCACCCAUGGCAUUUCUCCUCCAUGGGAAUCUUCUCAUAGCAGAAAGCAGUGGAGCGAAUGAGUACACCCAUUUGGCCCAUCUGUUGCAGAAGGAGCUGAGUGGGUGAUACGGUGGCUUAGAGCCCAAGGGAUUCAGGGUCUUCCAAUUCCAGCUUUUCUUCCAUAAGGAAACUCAGACAGAAAGGCCCAAACUCUGACAGCUAGAGGGUCCUGGGUUUCAUUCCUCUUGGCCAUCCAAGCAGCCAGGGUACAUUUUUUCACAGAUAAGAGUGAGCAAAGGGGCACACCAGAACUGUCCAGCUAAAUAUAAAAUCCUUUCCUGUGCUCAUAUUUAAACAUGGCCCAUAGAUAAUGCCCAUCACACUAUUCCCAUUCAUGAUGAACGAAGUUAUAAUCAAGAGCAGAAAAAGAAGUAGCGGGCCAAAGAAAUAAAAGGUAGAAGAGGAAAGAAAAGGAAAUCUAACUAAAUCUAGUUGGCAGCACCAUCCCCAUACUUUCCGUGUUUUUCUAUCCCUGUUUCCAUCUUGUCCAUACAAUAUUUCCUGUCUUCCCUGUUGCUCUAUGUUCCUGGCCCUGCGCUUCCGAACCGCUUGAGUUCAGCGAUGGAGCACGUCAUUUUUAUGCCAACAGUCCCAGGUCACAAUCCCAGUAUCACCAGGGUGGGCUAGGAAAGUUUCCUGUCUGAAACCUGAUUAGGUUGGUGCCCAUCAGUGAUAUGAGCGAUAUGAGGUUUGCUGGCCAAUAUUGAACAUCCCCUGUUCCAAGUGGCAUCUAUUCAGAGUCUCCUAAAAAGCAUUUUCGUAUCGGAGCUGCAGGAAUCUAGGUGACUGCUAGAGGGCAGCAAGGAGAUGCAGAAACCCUUUGCUGCCAUCGUU